CACAAAGCAGGCAGUUUAAAGGUCUGCGAUAGCCAAUAGGGUGGUCCGAUUCUCAACAAGACAGGAUUGGCUGGCAGAGGUGGUAGGAAAGCUGUAACAGCACCUCUGGGGAGGUGAAAUCUACCAGACAGACAUGAUAGUCCCACUAUCCCCGAGGCUCUCAUGUUAGGGAGAUCAUCUCAUUGUUUCUCAUAAAUGUUCACUAAUAUAGUUAACAUUAACAUUUUAUAUGUUAUGUUUCAUAUAAUAGUAUGCAUUUAUGGUUAUACAGUAUAUACACAAUAUCCUUGGGGAGAAAGGAAAGGGACGUCUAAGUUGAGCAAUUACAGUUGUUCUGAAACCAUUUCAGUGAAUCUGAUUAAUGAAUGUACUGCUGCUUUUUUAUUUUAUUUUAUUUUAUUUGAGAUGGAAUUUCGCUCUGUCACCCAGGCUGGAGGGCAGUGGCGUGAUCUCGGCUCCCUGCAAGCUCCACCUCCCACGUUCACGCCAUUCUCCCGCCUCAGCCUCCUGAGUAGCUGGGACUGCAGGUGUCUGCUACUUCAGCCAGCUAAGUUUUUGUAUUUUUAGUAGAGACAGGGUUUCACCCUUUUAGCCAGGAUGGUCUCGAUCACCUGACCUCGUGAUCUGCCCGCCUCAGCCUCCCAAAGUGCUGGGAUUACAGGGGUGAGCCACCGCGCCCAGCCCUACUGCCGCUUUCAAGGGCCAAAGGAAGGGAUUAAAGAACCCUCUUUUGUAACUUGGUUGAACAGCAAAGUUCGUUGACUGCCCCUUAUAGGAGAUGAUGUGGUCCAAGGCUCUUCUCUUUUAGUUUCUUCUCCUCGAAUCCUACCUUCUUGGGCUGGGCCAGGUUAGACUUGGAUCUCUCUUCUGCUCUCCUUUUUUUACCCCUUGAUUUUAGGCAUUGUUUCUGGACCAAGCCUUGAUCUUGCAUUUUUACAUUCGUGGAUAUUCCUUCUUGUCAACUUUCAGAGCAGGAGUCUUCUUUCAGUGUCCCGAUGUUUGGAAAACGGACUCUGCUCAUGAGAAGCAAACACCAGAGAGGUAGAAGACAAGGCUGCCUGCAGACCUUCCGUCUUCUAGCCUUUGGUCACAAUUCUUUUGCCCGCAGUUUGCUACCUCUGGCUCCUUGGGCCACACGGACACCCUGCCAUCCUGCUCUUUUAUACGUGAGAGGCAUUCAGGAUACCUUCUUUCUUCUCACAUAAGAGGACCCAGUGUGGCAGUUACUGAUAGCCUCCUCUCCCAUGCAAACAGCCAUUAUAGAAUCUUGGGACUUUAGGAUUUCCUGUCAGCCAUGCUUGGGUGCAAGGGCCAGGGAAAAUGAAGAGUUAAAGCAUUUAGUGGAGAAUACGAAACAGGCAAGGUGAGGGUACAGGAAAAAAGAGAUUUGUGUGGAUUUUUUGGUUUCUGUGACAAACAACUCGACACACUUAUUUUGUAUUAAUAGAAUAGAUAAUAUAAUAUUUUUUAUGUAGCUCGUCCAGAACUUCCAUUACUUCUGUACACUGAAGAAAAUAAUCAUAAUAUUCUUUUUCCAUUUUGUUUUAUGUCAUAUUACCUCAUUUAUGUUAUUCAUUAGUAUGUCUGGUUACUUUCUAUUAACCGUAUUCUGCCAAGGUCUGGAUUUUCUUGUGUCAACCCUAAUGAAUUUGUUCUCACCCCAAUGUUGUGUCUUUAGCAAAUUGAAAGUGUAAGCCCAAUACAGCUUUUCUAGCUUCUGAAAGAUUUAUGUCACAUUUUGUAUCUUGUCUUGUCUAUAGACAUUUGUAGAGUUGUAGUUUUGGCUACUAUACACCUAUUGGAAUUUUUCAUAUUCCAAAAGAACAUUGUAUUAUUUAUUUAUUUAUUUUGUGAUACGGAGUCUCACUCUGUUGCCCAGGCUGGAGUGCAGUGGCACAAUCUUGGCUCAUUGCAACCUCUGCCUCCCACAUUCAAGCCAUUCUCCUGCCUCAGCCUCCCAAGUACCCUGGACUGCAGGUAUGAGCCACCACUCCCAGCUAAUUUUUGUAUUUUUAGUAGAGAUAGGAUUUUACCAUGUUGGGCAGGUUGAUCUCAAACUCCUGACCUCAAGUGACCCGCCCACCUUGGCCUCCCAAAGUGCUGGAAUUACAGGCAUGAGCCACCAUGCCCGGCCACAAUAUUUUAUAAUUUAAUGUCAAAUUUCAAUGUGGGCUGCGCACGGGGGCUCAUGCCUGUCAUCCCAGCACUUUGGGAGGCCAAAGAGGGCAGAUGACUUGCAGUCAGGAGUUCAAGACCAGCCUGGCCAACUUGGUGAAACCCUGUCUCUACUAAAAAUACAAAAAUUAGCCGGGCAUGGUGGCACAUGCCUGUAGUCCCAGCUACUCAAGAGGUUGAGGCAGAAGAAUUGCUUGAAACCAGGAGGCAGAGGUUGCAGUGAGCCGGUAUCGCGCACUGCACUCCAGCCUGGGUGACAGAGAAAGACUCCAUCUCAACAACAACAAAUGAUUAAAUGUUCCUAAUUGUAGGUUUGUUAUGUUCUGCUAACCUGUCUUUUUGUGUUUCCAAUGAACAAUUUAUGAAUAUUGACACAUUUUUAAUGAUGUGGAAAUUUUCAGAAUUGUAAAUGUUUAUGUAUUUAAGACUAGUUGGAAAACUACUGUCUCAAAAAUGUUAAUAAAGCUAGCACUCUAGCUUUAUUAAUAUUCAUUUAUUCAAUAGCUCUGAUCUUUCUCAUCCUUGGUUUACCCAGCUCUAAAAUGGUUGCAAAGAUUACUAAAAAUAUAGGUAAGUUACUUUCAUAAAUUAGAAACUAAAAAGUAAAAAUUACUUUCAAAAAUCUGCCAUUGGCCAGGUGCGGUGGCUCCAGCCUGUAAUCCCAGCACUUUUGGAGGUUGAGGAGUGCUGAUCAUGAGGUCAAGAGAUCGAGACCAUCCUGGCCAACAUGGAGAAACCCUUGUCUCUACUAAAAUACAAAAAAUUGGCUGGGAGUGGUGGCACGCACCUGUAGUCCCAGCUACUCGGGAGGCUGAGGCAGGGAGAAUUGCUUGAACCCGGGAGGUGGAGGUUGCAGUGAGCCGAGAUGGGACCACUGCACUCCAGCCUGGUGGCAGAGUGAAACUGGGUCUGAAAAAAAAAAAGUCUGCAAUCAUAAUUACUUACAGUUUAAUCUGGAAUUUAGUACUCUAUUCUAUUUUCAAAGCUACUAUAGGGUAUGCUGUCCUUUGUAGUUCCACUUUUACCAGAAUUCAACGUUUUUCUAACGGGUAUAGAUCUUUAUGCUUGAGACUGUGUGGAAACCUUGGACUUGAGCUCCACUCUCAGUUAUCUUUUGUAUUUGCUAAAACUUAAAUACAUUCUGUCCACCUAUAACAUGAUACCUGGUAUGUGAUAGGAACCCAAUAGAAGUUUGGCUUUGAUGGGAAUGUAUGUUUCUACAUUAUUUUUGGAGGGUAAUUAGGUAGUAUCUUUCAAAAUUUUAAGUUUGUAUGUGUUUCAUUCCAGACAUUCUACUUCUAGGAAUUUAGAUAUAGUUGUAUAUAUGUAUAAGGAUGUUCACAUUGCAGCAUUGUGUGUAACAAGAUUUGAAAAGAACCUGAAAACAACUAAAGGUCCAUUAAUAUUGAACUGGCUAAAUACGUUAUGGUACUUUUAAUUAUGUUACUCAUAAGCAAGUAAAUUGCCUAUAGCCAUUAAAAAAUAGAAUCUAUGUAUGCAUAAAUUGACUGGGAAAAUCAGUGUUCAAGGUAUAUUGGAGAAUAUGUACAGUUACUGCUUUUGUAUAAAAAUAGAAGAUAUACAUAUAUGUGAAAGUAAAUAUGUAAAAUAUGCAAAAUGUGAAUGCAAGCACUGGUAAAUAUCUAGAAGAACACACAAGGAACCGGGGCUGGGGGCGGAUCAGGCAGAGGGACUUCCCUGUGCCUCACUGUUUGAAUUCUGAAGGGUGCAUACACGCCCUUAUUGAUCUGUGCUACCGGCCUCUGGCUAAAGAGGGCGCUGUAGCCAACAAAGUCCUGUUUACAAAUCAGGAGUCUCAGUAAGCCAGCGUGGUUACGCCAUCACGACAGGCGGUGGCACAUGCGCAAUAGCGAGAUGCUGGAGCGCGGCGUAGGUGGCUGCCGAGUCUCUUCCGGUCUCGGGUCUUAUCCUGGCACUGAGGGCGCCCGACUGGCGCUUUCGGCCGGCUUGGCAUUGGGUGGGCGGCUUCUUGGAACCCACAUGAGCCAGUGGCAUCAUCCCCGCAGUGGCUGGGGCCGGAGACGCGACUUUUCAGGACGCUCCUCAACCAAGAAGAAGGGCGGAAACCACAUCCCCGAAAGGUGGAAAGACUAUCUCCCAGUUGGACAGCGGAUGCCUGGGACUCGUUUCAUUGCUUUCAAAGUUCCUUUGCAAAAGAGUUUUGAAAAGAAACUUGCUCCAGAAGAAUGCUUUUCCCCUUUGGAUCUUUUUAACAAAAUCCGAGAACAAAAUGAAGAAUUUGGACUGAUUAUUGAUUUAACAUAUACUCAACGCUAUUAUAAACCAGAAGAUUUGCCAGAAACUAUUCCUUACUUAAAAAUUUUUACAGUUGGACAUCAAGUGCCUGAUGAUGAGACUAUUUUUAAAUUCAAACACGCUGUUAAUGGGUUUUUGAAAGAAAAUAAAGAUAAUGGGUUUUCGCUCUGUUGCCCAGGCUGGAGUGCAGUGGUGUGAUCACGGCUCCCUGCAGCUUUGACCUCCCAGUCUCAAGCGAUCUUCCUGCCUCAGCCUCUCAAGUAGCUGGGACCACAGGCGUGUGCCACCACAAAUGCAUAAUUUUUUUUAAUUUAUAGAGAUGAGGUCUUGCUAUUUUGCCCAGGCUGGUCUUGAACUCCUGGGCUCAAGUGAUCCUCCCACCUUGGCCUCCCAAAGUUCUGGGAUUACAGGUGUGAGCCACCAUACUCAGCCUGUUUGUUUUUAAUCCCGAAUUAGGAAGGAAUGGUGCAGAAAUAUGGAGGAAAAAAAGCUGAACUAGCUGGGCAUGGUGGUGUGUGCUUGUAGUCUUAGCUACUCAGGAGGCUGAGGCAGGAGGACCACUUGGGCCCAGGAGCUCAAGGCUGUAAUGCAGUAUGAUUGUGCCUGUGAAUAGCCACUGUAUUCCAACAUAAACUACAUAGUGAGACCUCAUCUCAAAAAAUAAAAAUAAAAAAGCUGAACUACUAUCAAUUUAGGCUUUAAAUCUGUUCCCAGCUGGACCCUCACUGAUACUUAAAACUCUGUUAUUCAUUUGUAGCUAAGUUCUACCUGAAGUCUGUACAGUAAUGAUUCUAAACUUUCCCCGAUCUCCUCCAGUUUCUAAUUCCUCCUUGGUCUCCCUCUUGCUUAACAGCAGACCUAGACUUCAACCUUAUUGAGGUCAACAUUGUCUAAAACGUGUUUCCUCAACUCCUCCAGACAUCAUUUCAAAAAUCUCUCUGUAUCUUCAUUUCCGUUCAUUCAAUCUUGUCUUGGAGGAAUGGAUGUUUUUCCCCCUGUGAAGAUGAAUCCCUCUUUGUACUUCUGAUUCGAUCCUUCCUUAUCACUACACUACCUUGUCUCUCCUGCCCUUUUACAUCUCCAUUGUUGGCUCAUUGGGCAUAAGAACAUGUUCAGAAAACUACACACAAGAAUGUGGAUAAACCUUCAAAAUGUUGAGCAAAAGAAGACACAAAUAUACAUAUGGUAUAACUCCAUUUACAAAAAGGUAAAAGCCAGGCAAAAGUAAACUAUAGUGUUUAGAGACACACAUUGAAGUGGUGAAAUUAUAAAUGAACCAAGGGAGGGAGGACUUCCCUCCCUUAGGGCAUGCAUGCUCCUGACAGUAUUCUGUUUCCUGACCUAGGUAGUGUAUGUACAUAGAUACUUGCUUAAUGAUUUGUUAAACUGUACAUUUAGUUUCUUUUUUUCCCAAGACCAAGUCUCGCUCUGUUGCCCAGGCUGGAGUGCAAUGGCGUAAUCUUGGCUCACCACAACCUCUGCCUCUGGGGUUCAUGCAAUUCUCCUGCCUCCGCCUCUCGAGUAGCUGGGACUACAGGCAUGCGCCACCACGUCCAGCUAAUUUUUGUGUUUUUAGUAGAGACAGGGUUUCAUUAUGUUGGCCAGGCUGGUCUUGCACUCCUGACCUCGUGAUCUGCCUGCCUUGGCCUCCCAAACUGCUGGGAUUACAGGCAUGAGCUACCGCACCGGCCUAAAGUAUAUAUUUAGUUUCUGUGUGCUUUCUUAUAUUAUGUGUUAUAUUUCAUCAAAACAAAACACGUUCAAGCCUUUCACUUUGAACAAUCAACCAAACAUUCUCUCAACCCAACUUCUCCUUAAACCACCAUCCCAUCUUUCUCCUUUCCUCUAGAGCUAGGUUGCUCAAAAUGGUAGUGUAUACUUCAUUAUCUCCACAAGCUUAAUCCCUAUGACUUCUUAAACUCUUACAGUCUACUCCCAUUAAUGCCUAAAACGCACUAAAUCGAGAUCCUCAAUAAUUUCAUCAAAUCCAGGCCGAUCUGAGUCUUCACCAUUCUGGAGCUCUCCAUAGGAUGUGACAUGGUUAACAUCCGGAAAUUUUUUCUUAAAGCCUUCCUUGGCCGGGCGCAGUGGCUCAUGCCUGUAAUCACGAGGAUCACAAGGUCAGGAUUUCGAGACCAGCCUGGCCAACACAGUGAAACCCAGUCUCUACUAAAAAUACACACACACACACACACACACACACACACACACACACACACACACACACACAAUUAGCCAGGCAUGGUGGUGGGUGCCUGUAAUCACAGCUACUCAGGAGGCUGAGGCAGGAGAAUCACUUGAACCUGGGAGGCAGAGGUUGCAGAGCCAAGAUUGCACCAUUGCACCCCAACCUAGGCAACAGUGUGAGACUCCAUCUCAAAAACAAAACAAAACAAAAACAAAACAGCCUUCCUCCUCCUAUGGCUUCUGUGCCUUAACACUACCCUCACCUUUUUCAUACAUCUCUUUGCUUCAUUGCUAACUACAUUCUAUGUUACCUUAGGUAGCCUGUCCCCCAAGUUGCCAGUGAACCUUUUCUUGCUCUAGACUCUUCUCCUACUUCCAGGGCUUCCAAGAUCAGCACUACAUAGUGGAUUCCCAGAGCCCUCUCUCCUGCUUUGACUUUGCUCCCAAGUUCUAGCCCUACAUUGCCAACUGGCUGAUAACUACCUCCAGUGAUUUAAUAUCUCAUCAAUACCUGAAAUUCAACAUGCUCAGAACUGAACCCCACUUUCAAACCAAAUCCUUCUCCUGGAUCCCCUACUUUUGCUUAUGAGGCAUCACUGCAAGACCCCAAAUCUCUGAGUCACCACUGACUCUGAGUCAUCAUCCUCUAUUACUCAUUUCCCAAAUCCUCUGAAAUCCUACAUUCAUCUCCUCCUUCCCAAACACACUGGCAUCACCCUAGCUCUUAUCAUUAUUAGGCUUUAUCAGCACACUAACCUCUUAAAUCAUCUCCUUGCCACAACCUACCUUAAAACUGUAUUUAUGUUAAAUUUUCUAAAGUAUGGCUUUUAUCAUAUCAUUGCUCUGCUCAAAAACCUUUAGGAAUUCUCCACUUACUAAAAAGCGGAACAAUUCUGACUGCCCACCCCAGACCCUCCAGAAUCUGGCUCCAAUGUGCUACAUUAAAACAUAUCUAGCCGGGCGUGGCGGCUCAUGCCUGUAAUCCCAGCACUUUGGGAGGCUGAGGCGGGUGGAUCACCUGAGAUCAGUAGUUCGAGAUCAGUCUGGCCAACAUGGUGAAAUCCCAUCUCUACCAAAAAUACAAAAAUUAGCUGGGCAUGGUGGCGGGCGCUUGUAGUCCCAGCUACUUGAGAGGCUGAGGUAGGAGAAUCGCUUGAAUCCGGGAGGCGGAGGUUGCAGUGAGCCAAGAUCUUGCCAUUGCGCUCCAGUCUGGGUGACAAGAGGAAACUCUGUCUCAAAAAAAAAAAAAAAAAAAAAAAAGUCUACCACUGUUUCCUGAUAUGAACCAUAAAUCUCAGCGAACUAGUCCCCCCAGUGCUCCAAGAACAGAGUCUGCCUCUUCUCCACCUGUCCGCUCCUUAAGGAACUUGCUCUUGGCCCAGCUUGCCAACAUUCUACUAAACCCUAUCAAGCAUGGUCCCUCCUUCCUCUGAAUUCCACAGUGCCUUGCUGGCACCUCUUGAGGCCUUUAGCACAUUCUGCCCCAGGUGAAGUUAUUAAUUGUCUAUUUAUUUAAUCUCCUUCAUGAGGCUAAAAUCAUACCUUACUCAAAUUUGUAUGC